AUGAGUCGCUGGAAUCACAUUCUGACAGCCCAAGAGCAGGUCACCGACCAAACUGGCAAGGAAUUAUCUUCGACCAACAGGCCGCUGCAAUAUGGCGCGCAGAUCCAAUAUCUUGGUUCACGCCCAUACAUGCAAAGACGUCGGGGUGAUGGGUGGUGGAACCUCGCGAUCAAGCCCAUGUAUCCAUAUAAGAUCGCCAACUAUUCGUUCUCAACGGAGGCAGUCCUGUCGCAAUACGCGACUCCCCAACUUUGA